GAAAAAUAUUCUCAAGUAAUUUAUUUUCCCCCAAAGACAGGAUAGUUUCACGUAUAAUCCUAACCUUGUAUCCGACGACAACAUCUGAAGCCUUUCACGUCAACGUCUCAUCUUGCAUUCUCGGAAGACAUAGACAUCGUCAACCCACCCACCAUGUCGGCUAAUCCAGAGCUCACAAACGGCACUCAUGAACCUCAACACUCCGCCGUCCACCUCCCACGUCCAAAUCCAGGUCUCUGGACUACCAAAGACCACAGAAUCUACAGCGCACCAUCACCAGAGCUGAAGCUCGGCCCGGACGACUGCAUAGUCCACGUACGAGUGAAUGGUAUCUGUGGAUCCGAUCUCCACUUCUGGAAAAGCGGUGCGAUCGGUACCUGCAUCGUCGAAGACGACUACAUCCUCGGGCACGAAGGCGCCGGCGAGAUUUUCCAAGUUGGCUCAAAUGUCACACACCUAAAACCCAGUGAUAAAGUAGCCAUCGAGCCCGGCAUGCCAUGCGAACAAUGCUACCACUGCACGACUGGGGAUUAUAAUCUCUGCCCCGACGUAGCAUUUAGCGGCGUCUGGCCGUACCACGGCAGUAUUCGUCGGUAUCACGUCCAUCGCGCCAAAUACUUACACAAGAUCCCCUCCACGAUGGAUUUCACAGAAGGGGCCUUGCUGGAACCACUCAGCGUCGUGCUGCACGGAAUGGAGCGCUCGCCGCUUCGUCUUGGACAGCCGGUUUUGAUCUGUGGUACUGGGCCGAUCGGACUCAUUGCUCUUGCGGCUGCGAAAGCUAGUGGAGGGUUUCCGUUGGUUAUCACGGAUGUGGAUGCUGCGAGGUUGUCGUUUGCGAAACAGUUCGUGCCGGAGUGUGAGACGUUCCUUAUUCCGUUGAGCGGAUCGCCUGAAGAGCAUGCGGCGGGUAUUCGAAGUGUGUUUGUCAAUGAUCUGGGGAGCGAGGAGCCGCCUGUGGUGUAUGAGUGUACUGGUGUGCAAAGCAGUGUGCAUACAGCUUCUUAUGCAUGUAAGAGAGGGGGCGAAGUAAUGGUUAUUGGUGUUGGACGGGCGAUCAUGGAUGGCUUGCCGUUCAUGCAUUUAAGUUUGGCGGAGAUCGAUUUGAAGUUCAUCAAUCGAUAUCACCACUCUUGGCCAUUUGCUAUUCGGCUCAUGCAGUCGGGUUAUAUUAAUCUGAAGCCUCUAGUCACGCACACAUUCACUCUCGAAGAAGCAGUGACAGCAUUGGAGACAGCUGGUGACCGAACCAAGGCAUCCGUAAAGAUUCAUAUUGUGGAUAAUUAGUUGAGUGGUUGUGGAGAUCCUUUGGACACAGUGUAUGAAACGAGAAUGUGUAUGC